GCGGGCUUUGUGAAGAUGGCGACGCCGGAGGUGCUGGAGUCAGACCUGCCAAAUGCCGUAGCACUUUUGAAAAACCUCCAGGAGCAGGUGAUGGCUGUCACUGCACAGGUGCAAGCUCUGACCAAAAAAGUUCAAGCUAAAGCCUAUCCUACAGAGAAGGGUCUCAGCCUUUUGGAAGUGAAAGAUCAGCUGUUAUUAAUGUACCUUAUGGAUCUGAGCCAUCUCAUUCUGGACAAAGCCUCAGGAGGGUCUCUUCAGGGACAUCCUGCAGUUUUGAGACUGGUGGAGAUUCGCACGGUUUUGGAAAAGCUUCGUCCUUUGGACCAAAAACUGAAGUAUCAAAUUGACAAACUGGUGAAGACGGCAGUGACAGGCAGCCUCAGUGAGAGUGACCCACUCCGUUUUAAGCCUCAUCCCAGCAAUAUGAUGAGCAAGUUGAGCUCUGAGGAUGAGGAGGAAGAUGAAGCAGAGGAAGGCCAGUCUGGGGCUUCAGGGAAGAAAUCUGGAAAAGGGACAGCUAAGAAAUAUGUUCCACCACGCUUGGUUCCAGUGCAUUACGAUGAAACGGAAGCUGAGCGGGAGAAGAAGCGCCUAGAACGAGCCAAGAGACGGGCAUUGAGCAGUUCUGUCAUUCGUGAACUAAAGGAGCAGUACUCAGAUGCUCCGGAGGAAAUCCGUGAUGCUCGGCAUCCUCAUGUUACUCGACAGAGCCAGGAGGAUCAGCACAGGAUUAACUAUGAGGAGAGCAUGAUGGUGCGUUUAAGUGUCAGUAAGCGGGAGAAAGGACGGCGAAAACGAGCAAAUGUCAUGAGCUCACAAAUUCAUUCCCUCACGCACUUCAGUGACAUCAGUGCUUUGACAGGAGGAACCCCUCAUCUUGAUGAGGAUCAGAAUUCUACUAAGAAGCGGAAGAAGAUACCUAAGAAAGGUCAGAAGAAAAAAGGUGUGGGGAGUGGAGCGACAGACGGAGAGAGGCGUGAGGACACAAAGGAGGAAACACGCCAUUGCCAAGACCCCAAGGAAGGAGGAUGGAGAGGCUGGCAGUCCUGCCUGGCCCCCAGCCAGUUUCCUGCUAAAGAUGGCCAGAUCCCCUUGCCUGGCAGGCAAUUCGACAGCACUCUCAAGCGAGCGUCUCCGCCUUCCAUUCAUCCACGUCUCCGUCAGCACCAGCCUGGCCCAAGCCAUUACUGUCGCUUGCCUGAACGAGUGCAACAGACUCCACGUUGGCCUCCACUUCCACUACUGCCCCUCCUUCCGCUCAGAAUGAUCUUUUAA